AUGCAGGUAGAUGGUCUGCAUACGACUACUGGCCGCCAUCUUUUCGAGCGCCUCUACUCCCCCGAAUCCGGCACCAUCCAUGUUGACGGCCGAGACGUUGCCUAUGGUGACAUCUUAUUCCGAGAAUCCAUUGCAUAUGUACCACAACAGAGCGUUUUGUUCGAAGGAACUAUUCGCUUCAAUUUUGCCCUUGGCGCACGACCUGGCCACGAAGUUACCCAAGAGGAGUUGGAAGAAGCAUGUCAAUUAGCCAAUAUCCACGACGUAAUUGCGCAACUUCCCGACGGAUACGAUACACACUGCGGGCCAAAUGGUGAUCGUCUGUCUGGAGGCCAGAAGCAGCGAAUGGCUAUCGCGCGGGCGCUGAUCCGAAAGCCGAAGCUGUUGCUCCUAGAGGCUUCGACCAGUGCUUUGGAUGCAGAGUCUGAGCGAUUACUUCAGGAUGGAUUGGAAAAGGCAACCAGAAACGUGACCGUUAUAGCGAUUGCACAUCGUUUGUAUACGAUCCGUAAGGCGGAUGUUAUUUUCUUGAUUGAGGAUGGGCGUUGUGUUGAGCAAGGCACUCACGCCCAGCUGAUCGAGCGGAGUGAGACUUACAGAGUCAAUGCCCUGAACCAGACAGUAGAUCGAUAA